GGGAUACUCAGUCAAUGAUCUUGGUGAAAUCCCCAUACUCUACUUAUAUCAAAUCGCAUCCUUGUCGUUCCAACCCAAAUAACGGUAUGGCUGCGACUUACUACGACCCAUCGCCAGAGGUGGCAGCUGCGAUGAAAGCUUCUGCAACCCGCAGUGUGAACACCAUGGCGGGUAUUCUUGCACUCAUUGGUCUCUGCUGGCUCCUCCUCGCCGCAUUCUUCAUAUACAACUUUUCCAGGCCAUUAAAGAGCCUCAACCCCGAGAAUGCUACGAGACACCGUGUUGUUGUUGGUGGAACUGAGAAGAGGUGGUGGAUCGAUAACGACGAUGCUGUCUAGGUAACGGCAUCUAUGAAUUUACACCAGGCUUCGAGAAAGACGUUUCUGGGUCGACGGUGAGCAUCGGGUUUGAAGGAGUUAUUCGGGUUAUCGCAAGAAGUCGGCUCAGGUUGGGUACCAACUAAAGGCUAUGAGAAAGAGUGUUACGUCUUGCAUAAGCAUAGGAUCGCUGUCUACAAGAGUUAACGCGCGACGCAUUACUGAAUUAUCAAGGUCAGAUGGUAUUCGUUAAUUCUGCAUUGG